CGAAGCUUGUCACCUUAAUGGAGGCUGAGGCCUGGGAUUUUGUGGAGGAGGGAGUAGUCAUUUCAAUAAAAUUCUGCUUACCCAUUAGGUUUGAGUUAUUGCCUAAAUGAAUACAGGUGCUGACAAUUGUGAGAGGCCAUGGAGCAAAAUACAAGUGACCUGUACUUACCAUAUGUCAGAAAGCUCUUUGUCGGUGGCCUUGACUGGAGCACGACACAGGAAACCCUGCGCAGUUACUUUUCUCAGUAUGGAGAAGUUGUAGACUGCGUAAUAAUGAAAGAUAAAACAACAAAUCAGUCAAGAGGCUUUGGCUUUGUCAAAUUUAAUGAUCCCAAUUGUGUAGGAACUGUCCUAGCCAGCAGACCGCAUACACUGGAUGGCCGGAAUAUUGAUCCAAAGCCAUGUACCCCUCGAGGAAUGCAACCCGAGAGAACCCGGCCACGAGAAGACUGGCACCAAAAAGGAACCAGAACUGAAAACAGUAGGUCCAACAAAAUUUUUGUGGGAGGAAUUCCACACAACUGUGGAGAAACUGAACUGAGGGAAUAUUUUAACAGAUUUGGAGUGGUAACUGAAGUGGUUAUGAUUUAUGAUGCUGAAAAACAAAGGCCAAGAGGUUUUGGAUUUAUAACUUUCGAGGACGAACAAUCAGUGGACCAGGCUGUCAACAUGCAUUUUCACGACAUCAUGGGCAAAAAAGUUGAAGUCAAACGGGCAGAACCGCGUGAUAGCAAAAGCCAAACUCCAGGACCUCCUGGAUCAAACCAGUGGGGAGGUAGAGCAAUGCAAAGUACAGCUAAUGGAUGGACAGCGCAGCCUCCUCCAACAUGGCAGGGCUACAGUCCACAAGGGAUGUGGAUGCCAACAGGACAAACCAUUGUCUUCUCCACAGGCGGGUAUGGGCAACCUGCAGGCCGGGGAGGUCCUCCUCCACCUCCUCCCUUUGCGCCAUUCCUAGUGUCAACAACCCCUGGACCUUUCCCACCACCACAGGGCUUUCCUCCGGGAUAUGCCACCCCACCUCCAUUCGGCUAUGGCUAUGCGCCACCCCCUCCCCCUCCUGAUCAGUUCGUCUCUUCAGGAGUUCCACCACCUCCUGGUACACCAGGAGCAGCACCAUUAGCGUUCCCUGCUCCUCCCCCAGGGCAGUCAGCUCAAGAUCUGAGCAAACCCCCCAGUGGUCAGCAGGAUUUUCCUUUUAGCCAGUUUGGUUAUGGACAAGACAUGAGUGGGUAUGGGCAAAGUUUCCCUGACCUCAACCAGCAGCCCCCUUACACGACAGGACCCUCCACACCAGCAUCGGGAGGCCCACCCGCCGGGGGAAGUGGUUUGGGCAGAGGACAGAAUCACAAUGCGCAAGGAUUCCAUCCCUACAGGCGCUAAUAUCAAGCAGGCAGAAUUGUGCACAGUGGCGAUGAGCUGAUGCUUCCACCUCUGAACUUGUGACAAUCACGUGGUGAAGACCCAUCCUGCUAUAGACUUGUGGAAGUUCUAUGUUUGAAGGAGAAGCUGUGGGUAUUUGGACUACAGUUUUCAGAUCUUUCUCUGACCCAUCAGCACAAAUAAAGCCAAUGAGUCACUGGUUCCAAACAGGGUUUGAAAACAUCUGCAGCUUUAAUGGAACUCUUCAGGUUUAAUUUGGGUUUUUUUUUUUUGGUUUUUUUUUUUGUUUCUUGUUCUUUAUAUUUAGUUUUUUGUUUUGGGAGGGAAAUUUUCUGAGCCUUUGUUUUACCAUAUAGUAAACUUUUAUGUUUAAAGAUGAAAAUAUAUACAUUUACAGAUUGUGAAUUUUUAAACAAAAAAUGAAUUUUCUACUAUGUAUUCAGGUUUAUUUUUUAAUUUAAUGGCAGGGUUUCCGGUGACACUGGAGUUCAGAUUUUAACUCCUUGCUUCUAAAAAAAAAAAAGAGAGAAAAAAAACAAAAAAAAAAGCUUUAUUUUUUUUUUUUUUUAAUAUUAUUUUGGAGGGAAUGGGGAGAAGGGUUGUUGGGUGCAGUUGGUCGGCAUCUCGGUGUUCCUCACAGACUUCCUACUGAGUAAUUGAUUUUGUUACUUGAGAUUAGAGUGGCUGGAAAUGCCAUCUGCUCCGAGGUUACCAAUGGAAAGACUUUGUCCCCAAGCCUGUGACAUCAUAUCUGCAACAUUUCUGGGGUAGCAGAGCCAUUUCUAGAUGUAAUUUCCUCAGGAUAAAGGUGUACAGUGCAUUUUGCACACAAAAAAUGUAUACCUCUUGUUUGAAUAAAGGAAAAUAAUCCUUUUGGAUGAA